CACUUCCCUGCCUAAGGCGCGAUUGUGUACUCGUCUCGCACCGGCUUUCUUGUACCUUUUGCUGCAUCCACCGCCAACACACGAAGUAACAUCUAGGAUGCCCAUUCCUAACUUGACGCCGGGCCCCGGGGAGACGUACGACGCGAGCUCGAAGCCUCCGCCGUUCGGCCACGCGCUCAAGCCGUACUUCGCCCUGGACGAGGACUAUGUGAACCUCAACAACGGUUCAUACGGCACGCCGCCGCUCCCCGUCAUCUAUGCGGGGGUGAACCGGUCGUACCAGAUCGAGCGGAACCCCGACGUGUUCCACCGCAUCAACUACAAGCCUCUGCUCGUCCAGUCGCGGCACACCGUUGCGAAGCUCAUCGGGGCGGAGCUGGACGAAGUGGUCCUCGUUCCCAAUGCCACUCACGCGUUAAACACUGUUCUCCGCAACUUUGAGUGGCGCGAGGGUGAUGUGAUCGUUGGAUCCACAACGACCUAUGGCGCCGUCGCGAACACAAUCCACUACCUUGCUGACCGCUCCGAGCAGCCGCGGCCGACCUUCUCAGACAUCACAUAUACCUUCCCGCUCACGCACGCGGAGGUCCUCGAGCGCUUCCGCGCGAAGUUGCGCGAGGUCAAGCAGCAGGGCGCCGCUUUCACCGAUGUGCCACCGCUGUCGCCCGGGCACGACGAGGCUGCCCGCGGGAAGGGGAACAAGAUCGUCGCAGUCAUCGACGCGAUUGUCGCUAACCCGGGCGCGCUCCUCCCGUGGAAGGAGAUGGUGGCCAUCGCGCGUGAGGAGGGCGUGUGGACCGUCAUCGACGCCGCGCACAGCAUCGGCCAGGAGUAUGGCAUCAACUUGAGCGAGGCGAAGCCCGACUUCUGGCUGUCGAACUGCCACAAGUGGUUGUGGGCGAAGCGGGGGUGCGCGGUGCUGUACACCCCGAAGCGGAACCAGUAUAUCAUUAAGUCCUCAAUCCCGACAUCGCACGAGUACAUCUCGCCCGGGACCCCGGAGGCGAAGGAGAAAGGGACCGCGUUUGCGGAGCAGCACGAAUGGACGGGGACGACGGAUCUGGUGCCGUACUUGUCCGUUACCGAUGCUGUUGCCUUCCGUGAGUGGCUCGGGGGCGAGAAGACCAUCGACGCAUAUUGCCAUCAGCUCGCGCUCGACGGUGGGAAGCGUCUUGCGGAGGUCAUGGGCACUCGCGUCCUCGACGAAAGCGGCGAACUCACCGUCCACAUGCCGAACGUGCAGCUCCCGCUGCCCGUCGAGAAGACGCGCGGUGAGAUCUACUCUCCCGCACAGCUUGGUGCGAUCCAGCGCACGCUCCAGACCAAGCUCCUACUCGAGCACAAGACGUACAGCGCACACUACUUCCACGCGGGCGGAUGGUGGACGCGCUCCAGUGCGCAGGUCUUCAACGAGGUGUCAGACUUCGAGUACCUCGGCAAGGCGUUCAACACUAUCUGCCAGGAGAUCAAGGAGACGAUCUUGGCGACGAAGGCUGAUUGACUGGAAAGGGACAUAGAGGCGUGAUAGAAGAUGCACAAGGGACGUCUACAACCUCGGGCUGUGAAAUAUGAAAUCUGCUUGUACGAGUACAUCGAAACAAUGCCACAGCGUU